AAAAUAAAUACUUCUCGAAGCGUAGAGUUGAGAAGAGGGUGAAGAGCAGGGAAUUGAAAGGCCCCCGUUUCUUUGUCGAAAGCGAAUGAACCAAAAGUUGAUUAUGAUAAUUGACCAAAAGUUGAGAAAACACCCAAAGCAGAAAAAAAAAAAGAAGAUAUUUUUAUUUAUUUUUAAAAACUUUCUUACGCUGUGAGAUUCCUUUUUAGCUCUGAUUAUUAUUUUGCUGCGAUUCCGAAAGCCCUUUGCUUGUAUUUUCAUCAGGUAAAACGACCAACCUGAUCCACGUUUCAGUCUUUUGAAAAAUGAUCAAGCUAUUUAAGGUCAAGGAAAAGCAGAGGGAAAUUGCAGCAAAUGCCAAUGGGAAGGCACCUGUAAAGAAGCAAAGUGCAGGAGAAUUACGUCUUCAUAAAGAUAUCAGCGAACUGAAUCUAGCAAAAACAUGUAGCAUUUCAUUCCCCAAUGGAAAAGAUGACUUGAUGAACUUCGAGGUUACCAUUCAGCCUGAUGAGGGAUUUUAUCUAGGUGGCACAUUUUUAUUCUCUUUCCAAGUUUCUCCAAUCUACCCCCAUGAGGCACCUAAGGUCAAAUGCAAGACAAAGGUCUACCAUCCUAACAUUGAUUUGGAAGGAAAUGUUUGCCUCAAUAUUCUAAGAGAAGAUUGGAAACCUGUUCUGAACAUAAACACUAUAAUUUAUGGAUUGUUUCAUCUCUUCACGCAACCCAACUACGAGGAUCCCCUCAAUCAUGAUGCGGCAGCUGUUUUGAGGGACAACCCCAAACUGUUUGAGUCUAAUGUGAGAAGAGCAAUGGCUGGUGGUUAUGUAGGCCAAACCUUCUUCCCUCGGUGUAUGUAGCUGCAACUUCUAUUAAAAAGCAUCCAUUUGCUUGAAGGUUCAAGGGCUGUAUAUCCAGUUGUAAGACUAGCCUGCCGUUAGGAGACAUACCUUUUGUACUACGUGAGGCAUACUUGGAGGUGUUCGUAUGCUGCUGUAACUUUAUGAUGUGUUUGUGAAAUUGGCUGAGUCAUCGUUAUUUUCAUUGUUUGAGUGAAACAAGUUCGGGGAUGUAGAACUUGAGACUUCUAUCAUGUAUUUAUUUAUUUCAUCUUUGCAAGCAAGAACAUGUAUUUUACCUCAAUGAUAGGGAAAUCAUGCUUUAUCCUA